GUUAGGAUUGAAAUCGACGAAUUGACAUCAGUAUCAAAUGAUCUCAAUGGCAUUGUACUGAACGGAUCGGUUGACUUGAACAUUAAUCGUGCUAAAGUGUUGUCGAAUCGAAACGACGGCAUUGUGACAUCUCUCGAUGCAGAUUCGUCAGUGCAAAUCAGUGAUUCAGUUGUUGCUAACAACGGGAAUGCAGGAUUACGUGCACUGCCGGCUGAGAGAACUCGUUUCAAGAUAAUUGCGACGAAUUUCACUGCUCAUCAUAAUGGGGAGGCAAUUGUUGCGAUGAAACAAACAAAGCUAGAUCUGUCUGUGGAUAAUUGCAACUUCUGGAUGAAUAAUGUUGGAGUGAUUACUUUGAAUGAGAUGUUCAAAUGUGACUUACGUAUUUCACGAUGCAAUUUUACGCGAAAUAAAGGAACGACACUAUCGAUUAAACGAUUUCAUUCUGCCACGAAUAUACAAGUAACAGAAAAUCGUUUCGCAUAUAAUCAAUUGCACAAGACGAACAUUUUGAAUGCUGUCGUUGAUAUGGAAACAUUAGAAGAUGGGAGUCGUGUACAUAUCAAUGAUAAUGCAUUCGUUCGAAACACAAUGGAAAAUAUCGUGCGAAUUAUGAACUCCGAUGUUGUAACUGGUCAAUCGACUCCAACGCAAGUAUCGUUCUCAUCGAACACGUUGCUCGCAAAUCUGGCUGUUGAUGUAAUGCUAAUAUCGGUACCGAACGCAAAUAUCACUCAAAAUCGUUUCGAGGAUGUGCAAGCACAAUGUGAACUAAAAACGGGCUUCAAAAUGGGCAAUGCCCUAAUCUCAGCACCGAAUAAUUUUUGGGGUACCGACAAAGAGAUUGAGGUCAAAACAAUUAUCAAUUUUUUUGUUCCAGAACUAAAAACAGCAUUCACGUUUCGAGACUGUAGUUUAUGGAAAUGUGAUUGUCAUUGA